AUGGUCCCGUGGCGCUGCAAAUGCCGAAGGUUUUUUUUGGUGGCUAGCUUCCUUGCGGUAGCCAGCAUGCUUGGCAAGCCCGAAGCUUUGGUUCCAGCUGGCAGGGAGCCUGCCAUGGAAGUGGUUUUCGUACAUGGCUUUGGAGGGCCCAAUGAAGAUGAGAAGCGUUUCGUGCAACUCCUCCGGGAAGAGAUGGAAAAAGUGGGCGCCAGAGUCCAUGCACCAACAUACCAUCCAGGUGGACGCGUGGGGGCAACCUCUUUGCCAAGAUUCAUGGAGGAGUUGAAGGCGCUGGCAGAGUCCAGCGAGACGAACGUGACGCUGCUGGGCUUCUCCGUGGGUGGCUGGUUGGUGGCCAGCUUUCAGGAGCGAUGGCCACAUUUGGUGAAGCGAGUCGUUUUGUUGGCGCCGGCCAUUGACAAUUUCGAAAGGAAUUUUGAGGGCAAAGCUGAGCAAGAUUGGUACAUGCCUGCAGCCUAUGUGGCUGAACUUCGAGAGAUGACAGCCAGACCUGCCAUUAAGGUGCCCGCAAUGCUGGUGCAUGGAGAUUGCGAGACCGAUGCUGGAGGCUCCGCUUUAUGGCGCGUGAAGGAGUGGGCCCAGGCGGAAAACUUUGCCAGGUGCUACUUUCCAGAAGGCCUGGGGCACAGCAUGGACAUCGUCGAAGCUGGGCCUGGCUUCGGAGCAGUAAAGUCCUGGCUGAUGGGAGCAGAGGAUUUGCUGACAUGA